AUGUCCGAUAAGAUGCAUUUGGCUGCUCGCGCUGAGCAGGACCUCAACAGCUACCAGGCCAAACAGGGUCUUGGCCCUAAGAGUGACUCCACUCUUGAGAGUGGCAUCAACGAGAUGGUCGAUAAGAAGUUCGAUGAGUCCACAGGCGUGAAGACCGGCCGAGCUGCAGGCGCUACCGGAAGCAACCGCAAGCCUAUCCCCGAGGACGAGGGUGGUACUCGUGACGACCGCGGUCGUUUGGCACAGGCCGGGGAAUACGAAGGCAAGGGCGGACCCGAGGACAAGGUGAAGCUUGAGUCCGAGCGUCGUCCUGGUGAUCAGGACACGCUGAACCUUCAAGAUAUGAAGCGUGAGGGAAUUGCUUCCUAG